AUGCCUUCUCCCCAACUUGUGACGUUUUCCAUCCCGGGACAAACGCCCGACACUCGGAUCACGAUUUUCCAGCUCAAAGAGUUACAUGUUCACUCCAGUAUUCUGAAACUUUACUCAGCCUACUUCCGAAAAUUUAUGGACUCUCCUGACAAGGAUUCGGCUCCUCCCAGCGCAAUGUGGAAAUAUGAUUGGACUGAAAAGGUUGAGGAAGAUGGUAGCUGGUAUGUUGUUGAUAAAAGAGGUCAGGAAUUUGAGGAACAACAAAGUGUAAACAGUCGUGAUGAUAUGGAUAUUGUGGCCUUUGAAAAUGUUAUCAUGAGCAUGUACCAAAAGCCUUACGAAAUUACAUGCACAGCGCAUUUGCAAGAGAUUACAACCUUGGCCGAUUUCUACCGUUGUCUACCCGUAGUGUCAAAUUCUCUCUACUCAGCCUUCUUCCGCAGCCCGAAAUUUCUUGCCGAUAUAAAAGAAGAUAGGGAGAUCUUACUAGAGUUAUCAUGCAAAUUGAGACAUCGCGAGCUGUUCAACGACUGUCUCGUCCUGAUUUCUGGGUAUUGGUCUCCCGACGAAUUUGCAUUCAGCACAAAGAUAGAGGAUACAGGACUUGCAACACUGGCUGAGAACGUACAUAACCGUGUUGGAACACUUCUGGCAAGAAACAUACAGAGCAUACUAAUAGAUACGAGAAACACGGUCCAUGCUGGGGACUAUCUAAAAGCUGCAGUAUCUGGUACCGCAGGCUCACUAGUAAAAUACCACGUGAAAUUGCAGAAAUCCCUUUCCCCCAUGCAUGUUAUAAACGACAUCACCAAGAACAACCUCAAGUUGAAUACUUCUGCAGUAGCUGGGGAGGGGGAUUAUGUUUACAACUUCCUUUGCAUUGAAUUGAAGGAGGAAGAUAUUCCUUGGGAUACAACUGAGACAGACUGGUAA